UUCGCAACCAAACAAAACUUCUCUUCACUUGUUUUUUCUCUCCAUUCGCGUCAAUGUUAUGCCGGAAUCAGCGCUGAAUCUCAUUGAAAAAAACUCGCGACUACUGACCCCGACACCGAUGAAUGCCAUUGUGGACACGAAUAAUGAAAUUUAUUUACUUCCCAUUUAAUGUGUUAAUUAUUUGAUGAGACGAUCGACACAAAAAGUUUUGGAUUAUGUUUGGCUAUAAUGCUGACCAUUAGUGUUACUCUUAAAUCGCGAGAGAAGAUGGACGGGUCGGUCGAGUUCAUGAAGACUCUCCCGCCGACCAACGAUGGCGUACGUCUACCUCAAGUGCAUUACGUGAACUCCGAUCACUUGGGAUCUGCCUUCUCAGCCAUGAAUGUGAUGCGACAAAGCAAUCAAUUGUGUGACAUUAGUCUGGAAGUGCUGGACAAUAGCGCCACUCCAGCCCACACACCACCGACCAUUACAUCGACGUUGCCGUUAGGAUGUGCACCGGCAGCUAAUGUGCGCCAAUUGCGGGCCCAUAAAGUAGUCCUGGCGGCUGCCAGCGCUUACUUCAACGCUAUGUUUAAUAGUGAAAUGGCAGAGCGUAACAAAGCUGUGAUAACCCUCCAUGACUUAGACAUGUCAGCCCUCAACCUUCUAGUCGAUUACGCCUAUACGGGACAGAUCUGUAUCACCGAAGAGAACGUACAGUCCCUACUGCCAGCGGCCAGUCUGCUCCAGGUCUCCUCCGUACGGGAGGCCUGUUGUAAGUUUUUGUUGAGACAACUGCACCCAUCCAACUGUCUGGGUAUCAGGAGUUUCGCAGACACCCACUGCUGCGAGGAAUUGCAGACCACAUCCCAUAAGUACGCUCUCGAGAACUUCCAAGAAGUGGCGCUCACAGAGGAGUUCCUACUCCUGCCGUUCACUGAAGUGGAAAACCUAAUCGCCAGCAAUCAGCUGAAUAUCACGAAUGAGGAGAACGUGUACAGCGCCGUCAUGUCGUGGGUGAAGCACGACCUCAAGCAAAGGGAACAGCAUUUGGGACCUCUUCUGCAACACGUGAGGCUUCCUCUGAUGGAACGCACAUUCCUUUUGAAUGAGGUCUCCAACGACCCGCUCAUUAAGUCUAACCAAUCGGGGAAAGACCUACUUAUAGAGGCCAUGAUUUAUCACUUAAGCCCAGAGCACAGGCGGGCGAUGCUGUCGGUGCGGACGCAACAGCGAACUCCCGACGGACUCAAACCGUAUAUCUUCGCCAUCGGCGGUGGAUCUCUGUUUGCGAUCCAUAAUGAGUGCGAAUACUAUAACCCAAGACUAGACCGAUGGGGCUCUUUGGCGCCGACCACACAAAGGAGGUCCAGAGCCGGUGUCGUUCCGCUCAACCGAUUGGUGUUUGCAAUCGGCGGCUAUAAUGGAACCAAAGAUUUGUCUUCAGCCGAGUUUUAUGACCCGAUGAUGAAUAAGUGGACUAAUAUUAAACAUAUGGGCACUAAAAGAAGUUGUUUAGGAGUGGCAGCACUUAAUGGACUCAUAUAUGUCGCCGGAGGUUAUGACGGUGCUUCGUGUCUGAAUAGUGUCGAGCGAUACGACCCAUUAGUGGCCGAAUGGUCUUCAGUGCAGGCCAUGGAAACAAGAAGAAGAUAUUGUAGGCUAUCAGUGCUCGACGGCUGUCUCUAUGCAGUGGGCGGUUAUGACGGCUCUAAUUAUCAAUCAUCCGUUGAAAGGUUUGAUCCCCGAGAGGGCAAAUGGCAGGCCAUGCCAUCGAUGAUAAGCCGUCGGAGCAGCUGUGGUGUGGCAGCGCUCGACAGAAUGCUGUACGUCGUCGGCGGUAAUGACGGCUCUCUGUGUAUGUGUAGUGCAGAAAGAUUUGAUCCGUUGAGGAAUGCGUGGGAAACCGUGCCGUCGAUGCACUCCAGAAGGAGUACACAUGAAGUGACUGAAGCCGAAGGUCUGCUGUACGCCAUCGGAGGCAAUGACGGCAGCAGUAGCCUGAAUACAGUCGAGACGUACGACCCGUUGACUAACAAAUGGUCAUUAGUUAUGUCAAUGAUGUUAAGGAGGAGUAGUGUCGGCGCCGCUGUUCUCGACUGCCCUAACCUCGAAGACAUGCUGACCACUCGUCUCGAUAUGACUGCCAGCACCUCAUUAACCAGUUCUACAAUAUCUACUUCAACUGAAUCUUAA